CGAAAAUAUUGAGAUUGACCUUCUUCUUUCUUACUCCCUGCACAAAACAUAAAUAAAAUAAUCUUUACACUUUACACAAAAAUAAAAUAAUUACUGCCUUUGGUUUGUAUUUAAAAGAAAGUACAAGUACCAAGCGGUAAAAGUUUCAUAUUCUUUUAUUUAAUAUAGCGGUUUAUAACAGAUCAUAUAAGUACUUUGUGUCUUGUAUAUCUUUAAAAAAAUAAGUUUUUUCAACAGAAUAUCUAAAAAACCUUAUUAAUAUGUCACAAGCUAUAAAACAUACUACAGGUUUGACCGGACUCAACAUUCAUCAAUAUCCUCGGCGAACGCUGGCGAUAUUAUAUGGAAAAAUUAUUCGCGUUCUUCAGAAGUUUCCUACGGAUUAUUCUUACAGACAAUAUACAGAAAUACUAGUAAAAGAAAAAGCUGACAUAGUAAAUCAAAUCGAAUCUGUGGCAGAAAUCGAAAAAAAAAUUGAUUGUGGACAAAUAGAAGAAUUAAUACUCCAAGCUGACAAAGAAUUGAAACUGGUCCGAAAUUUUUUAGACUGGAAACCAUGGGAACCGCUUUUAAAUAAAAAUUUUGCAAAUCAAUGGUCGUGGCCCCCCCAUGCUUAGUGCAAUAGCGUUUUCAGCAAAAAUUAAAGAAUCAUAAUGCGAAUGUAUGUAAACAAUUAAAUAAAAAAAGCUAUUAUAGAACUUGUAAAUAUAAGAGU